AUGAAUCUUGGACCAUGGACCAUGGACAAUACCAAUGAAUUGUUACACCUCUUGGUGGAUGCUAUCAAUAUUGGAUUGUGUGAUGCUAAUGGGUCACUUAGCAAGCAAAAUGUAGAAAGAGUGGUACGUCAUCUUAAUGCGAAAAUUAGGUUUCCAAAAAAUAAUCAUUGCUUGAGCCGUAUGAAGUGGUUUAAGAAGCAAUAUAACAAGAUGUCUAUGCUUAUGUGUAACAUCUCUGGCUUUGAGUGGUACUUAAUUGCAAAGACGUUUAUUGCUAGUGAUGAAGUAUGGAAAGAUUACUUGAAGUCCCACCCAAGUUACAGUAUACUUUGGGAAAAAAGUGUAGUUGAUUAUGAGGACUUGAAGAUCAUCGUUGGGGGUGGAAUUGCUCCUGGGAAUGGCUCCAUUGCAUUGUGGCCAUGA